AUGAGGAUGGGAAAAUGCUCAGUGGACAAAUUCAUCAUGGACUACCUCAUGACUGCUGGACAAAGCGGAUUUGAUCUAGAAUCCACCAUUGACUACUUCCGCCAAGCCAUACACCCGGAAUUCCUUAAACAAAUUUACAGACUUCCGGAAAUGCUGACCACGAUGGACAAUUGGGUAAAGUACACCCAAAGAUUCAAUAAUCAAUGGAGGGAGCUCCAGAGCAUAAAAAGCUCUGUCCCCACCACAAUGCCCUGUCGCAACAACCCCUUCCGCUACAACUCUUCCAAUGCCCCCACCUCUAUGAAUAACUCAGUCGUACCCAUGGGCAUAGAUGCUGUCUGCACCCCCCUUACUGACGACGAACAAGCCAGGCUGCAUGCCGAGGGUGGGUGUUUCUAUUAUCAACAGAAAGGACACAUGGCAAACCAAUGCCCUGCCAAGAUCUUGUCUAGGGUAUAUGAAAGGGGAAUUGGACAUGUUCAACCGAGUGAUGGAAAAGUGGGGUACCACCCGGCUCAAGCCAGUGGAGCAUUGGCUGGCCAAGGAGGAGGCUAUGGCAGAGCGCUCCCGGCAAGAGCUCAGAUUAGUGGCGAGACAACAACUUCAGGCAAAAGUAGAAGUGUGGCAAUGACUAACCCAUUCUGGGCUAGACUCGCAGCGCGCCAAGCCUAUGCAUCCAGAGAGAAUGCAUCUGUACGUCAGAAGGAGUCUGAGAUCAGUCGGGAAGAGGUACAGAGGCUUAUAGGGAAAAUGAGAUGGGAUGAGCAAGAGGUGCUCUUUCAAGAAUUAAGUGAAGGAAGUAAGCAAAAGGAAUUGGAUAUGGAUUUUUGA